GCCCCCCAUGGGUGCAAUAUUGCAACCACAGAAGUCCACGAUUGGCCAGACGCUGAUCAGAUGGUACAGUUCCCCUCUGUAUUCAGUGGCACCUCGCAACCCCCUUCAGCUAAAACCAAAUCUCGUAUAAAGUAAUGGCAAAACGACUUGGACUAUAAAAGACAACAAAUCAUAUCCCUUGGAGUAUUCCGUUGCCCAACCAAUGAGUUCUUACUUUGUUAACUCAACUUUUCCUGUUUCUCUGCCCGGAGGACAGGAUUCCCUCCUGGGUCAGAUACCGUUAUAUUCUUCUGGAUACACGGAUACUUUAAGACACUAUUCCAAUGCUACAUAUGGAGCUGCCAAUAUGCAAGAAAAGGUUUACCCUUCUUCGUAUUAUCAGCAAACUACUGGUAUCUAUAGCCGACCUAGCACCAGUGCUCCCUGCGACUACGCAGCUGCUACUUUUUACAAGGACAGUGAAGGCUCGUGCGCUUUUGCAAAUCGUGAGGAGCAGCCGCUCUUUGGAACUCAGGAUCAGCGCAAGUCCGAUUGCCCCGAGCAGAAUGUAAACACCAGUGCGGUUGAGGACAAGUCCUCCUCUUUGGUUUUUCCGUGGAUGCAAAGGAUGAAUUCUUGUUCUGUUGGGACAUUUGGCAACAGUGGACGCAGGGGCCGUCAGACCUACACUCGGUAUCAGACUCUUGAGCUUGAGAAAGAAUUUCAUUUCAAUAGGUAUCUCACGAGGCGCCGCCGUAUCGAGAUAUCCCACGCUCUUUGUCUCACAGAACGUCAGAUCAAGAUUUGGUUCCAGAAUCGUAGAAUGAAGUGGAAAAAGGAGAACAAGAUAAUGAAUUCUUCAAAGCCCAGCGACGAAGAAAAAGAGAAAGAUACGAGUUAAAUUAUCACUGUACAAAAACAACACAAAACAAUAGCCUAUGGCUGCCAACACUGACCUAAGUUCAAACCCAUUGUUUAUGUUGUUUUGCAUCUAAUUCAUAUUCUACAACGGAACACGUUUUAGAGAUUUGUUUAGAAUAGUCUGAUAUUUGCACGAUAAAAUAAAAUCUUUAUGCUACCAUACAGGUUUUCAAAGUUUAGU